CUCAUUCAUUCAUCUGCCCAGCAGCUGUUACUCAUAAAUCCCUUUCAUUUCAGUGGGCAGUUGAUUACUAAAUCAAGUGGGCGUGUCAUUUGGCUAGAUCUCAUGUUUAGCCAUCACACAGCAACCAAUCAGAAAAGUUGCAGGAGUACACAUUGGUUGCUAGGUGUGGCUUCCUGAUGACUUUAUAAGAAUCACAAGCCUGAAGCUUAGCCUUGCAGUCAGUUGUUUUCUGGUCUAAACUGCAGAGUUUGGCAAAGCAAAAGGAACUUAUAUCAACAUGUCUUUUGUAUCAGAAUUUCUGAAGCAAUCCUAUUAUAUUGAAAACGAUGAACAACAAUAUGUUAAAAAUACUAAAGGUGGUUCAGCAGUCAGUGCCUACCCAAACUUCAAUCCAUCAGCUGAUGCUGCAGCACUGGACAAAGCCAUAACUGCUAAAGGAGUUGAUGAGAAAACCAUCAUUGAUAUUUGCACCCAAAGAACUAAUGCCCAGCGCCAGCAGAUCAAAGAGGCCUACCAGCAAUUAAAGGGAAAGCCACUGGAGGAGAGUCUGAAAAAAGCACUCACAGGUAAUUUAGAAGAUGUUGUUCUGGCAUUGCUGAAGACUCCUGCUCAGUUUGAUGCAGAUGUGCUCAGGGCUUCCAUGAAGGGACUUGGAACGGAUGAAGACACUUUAAUUGAAAUUGUGACAACAAGGGACAACAAAGAAAUCAGAGAAUUUACCAAAGCAUAUAAUGAAGGUUAUAAGAGAGAUCUUGUCAAAGAUGUUAUAUCAGAUACAUCUGGAGACUUCCAGAAAGCUUUGCUUGCCCUACUAAAGGGAGACCGUGAUGAAAAUCCUCAUGUGAAUGAUGAGUUGGCAGAUAAUGAUGCAAGGGCCUUGUAUGAAGCUGGAGAGAGAAGAAAAGGCACAGAUGCUAACGUUUUCAUUGACAUCCUCACUACAAGAAGUUCCCCACAUCUCCGAAGCGUUUUUCAGAAAUACUGUAAAUACAGCCAACAUGACAUGACCAAAGUUCUGGACCUGGAACUGAAAGGAGAUCUUGAGAACUGCUUGACAGCAAUUGUGAAAGCUUCCACAAGCAAACCAGCUUUCUUUGCUGAAAAACUCUACGACGCAAUGAAGGGUUCUGGAACUUGCAUCAAAACUCUGAACAGGAUCAUGGUGUCACGUUCUGAGAUUGACAUGAAUGAGAUCAAAGCAUAUUACAGGAUAAAGUAUCAGAAAUCCCUGGCCCAGGCCAUUUUGGAUGAAACAAAAGGUGACCAUGAAACCAUUCUUGUGGCUCUGUGUGGUGGGGAUUGCUGAGCACCAUAACCUUUCUGAUACUCUUCUGACUCUCCAUACUUAUUUUUAGUUCUGGCUGUUAUGUACUUUGUAUACUAAAUUUCAAUGUAUACUAAAGCUUUAAGCAGAGUGAUCUCUGGGUUCAGUUGUUAUCAAAUCUUAAAGUCUAGAAGAACUGUAGCCUGGAAAACCCACAUGGAUCUUCAUCUGUGUAGCAUGACCUGCUUUUUUGUUCAUGUUUAUCCAAAGCCAAAAGGUAUGUUGAGAACAGAUGUGUGUGCUUUUGUAGGGUUAGCCAGUGUAAAAGCCUGAGCAGCUAGAAAUGAAAUUCCAAAUAAAAUAAACUGAUCUACA